GUGAAUGUCAUUCUUUACGUAGGGAAUGAUGUUUUUGGCCAAGCUUCUACUCGUCCUACUUCAGCUGAAGGCUGCUAUCAAUUGCCAAUUUUACAACCUAACGAAAGAUUACGAAUUUGAAUGGCCGGAAAUCAUUCUAUUUCCUCCGAAAAAUUCUAGUCAAAUUAAUUUGGAGCCAUAUCCCGAAUGGCAGCCUUCCGAGCACAUCUCGUACGAUGACUAUCCAUUCACGCCCUUCAAUUAUACGGGUAGAUUCAACAGCGAUGAUGAAUCUGAAAAUACCUUGCGAACAUUACCAUUGGACAACGAAAUAGUUGAUUUUUAUCCAACUUCGGACAACACCUUCAACAUUUUCCAACAAAUACUUGAUCGCGAUUCAGGCAUCAUGAUGCUAGAUGACUCAUCAUCGGACAUCCCACUGGACGACUCGGAUGGACCCAUUGUCGGACUUUCCCAGCCAAACAUCAGUUCGAAAAAAAAAAUCCCCACAAUGGCCAUAUCGUCGCCUGGAGUUAUGCAACCUGUGGCGAUUUCAUGGACCCUACCACCUUCUACCGCAUCAAUGUACCCGGAUUCGAACGCAAUGAUGACAUCAGGAACAGUGGGAAAAGGAUUGGUUAAAAAGAAGAGGAGAAUCACAACGACCAGGCCAACUGAAGCUUUGGCCAGAAAGCGUCUUAGGCGAAAACGUCCGAUUUUAACGACCACCACUGCACGACCAAAGCUUAGAAAAAGGAAAACCACAACUGUCGAAUCCUACCGUAAGAGAAGGACCACAACCAGUUCCCAUACUAAUUGAAGCAUUGUAUACCUUGUUGAUGAUUGAUGCAAUAUAUAGGGUAGGUGUACCAGUUAUGGACA